CACUACUCACCACGACUCACCACUACUCACCACUACUCACCACGAUUCACCACGACUCUCCACGACUCUCCACUCACCACUACUAACCACCCUCUACUACUCACCACUCUUCACGCUCAGCGCUCCUCACCACUCUUCACGCUCACCCACCGUUCACACUCAAAACUCACCGCUUACACUCCUCAACGGCGGCUCUGGCAGAUGUAGAGGGGUGGUCGUGGGCUCGCUCGCUCGAGAGGCAGAGCGAGCGAUAAGAGAGAGUGCAGUAGGAGAGAUAGAGCGCGCGCAGAGAGAGAGAGGGGAGUACAAGAGGCACCUCGAGUAAGAACCGGUGUGGACGGAGGAGAGGCGACACGGGGCGAGACGCCGAUCUCGGGGCCGGGACGCGCCACUCGGGGCCGCGCCGCGCCGCCGCCGCCGCCGCGAUGGAGCGCGGCGUGGCCGAGGUGCUGAUGAUGAGCGAGCGGAAGAGCGCCGCGUUCGGACCGCGGGCCCUGCAGCAGCUCCAGACGGGGCCCGCGGGGCCGCGAGAAGCCGCCGGGGGUGGCGGCGUCGUGGGCCACUUCCGAGGCCUCGGAGAAGCGACUGCAGCCGUGGCAGCGGCCGCGGUGUGGAACUCUUCGGGUCGACUUCACGGCUACCACCGCGACUCAGGCUCGGCGCUGCACCACCACGGCCACCACCACCACCACCACCCUCACCACCACAACCUCCUCCUCCAGGGCGGCGGCGGCGUCGGCGGUGGAGGAGGAGGAGGGGGAGGGCCCUCGGCGCACGAAAGCAGCGGGGAGGGCACCGCGGACGAUGACAGCGACCGCUCGGAGAGCGCCGAGGCUGGGAGCGGCGGGGGAGACCCGGGGCUCGGAGCUCCGGGCUCGAGCCUCGUGGGGGUGACGGUGGCCGGCGCGGCCCCGGGGGCUCUGGCGGCAGCCGCGGCCGCCGCGUGCAAAGUCCGCGGCGCCCUGAGCCGCAAGAACAAGGAGCAGAGGGCGCUGCGCUUGAGCAUCAACGCGCGCGAAAGGAGGCGCAUGCACGACCUGAACGACGCGCUGGACGACCUGCGGGCCGUGAUCCCGUACGCGCACAGCCCCUCGGUGCGCAAACUCUCCAAGAUCGCCACGCUGCUGCUGGCCAAGAACUACAUCCUCAUGCAGGCGCAGGCGCUCGAGGAGAUGCGUCGCCUCGUCCUCUACCUCAACCAGGGCCAGCCCGUGCCGGCCUCGGCAGUGGCGCUGCAGCCGGCGACUCUCGCCACGGGCCUGGGACCCGCGCUCGUUCCGCCGUCGCUCGGCGCGUACGACCAGGCGGCCUUCGGCUUCCAGGCGUCGGCCGCGGCGGCGGUGGCAGCCGCGGCCGCUGUGGCAGCGACCACGGGGGGAGGGGGAGGAGGACGCGAUAAGUGCGGCUGCUCGGGGUUUCACGGCAGCGGCUGCAAACACUGCGACGACAGUUCGUGAGGUGUCGCGGGGAGGAGGAGGAGGUGGUGGUGGCCACCGCCGCCACCGCCACGUGGUGUAUUGAUUGAUUGGUGGAACUUGGAAUGAGCGUGGGACUCGGCACUGAACUGUGGAGUUGUAGAGACAAAGAGGCUGGCGGUGGUGGUGGCGGUGAGACCGCAGAGAGAGAGGGGGAGGGAGCUGUGGUGAGCCUUCGACACUUUACCCUGAUGGCCUCAACGUGCACGUAGCCUGGCACAACGCGCUGUGGUGACGUCUCCGCCACUUUGUGGCGAAUGACGGCGGCUGUUUGUUGUCAUUGUUGUUGUUGUUGCUGAGUGUGUGUGCCUGGUGAGAUGUGUUGUGGUGAGGAUGGUGGUGAGGAUGGUGGGUUAUUACACUGGGGGGUGAGGAUACGGCGAUGAUGAGCCGUGGUGCGUGGUGGUGUCAGUGGUGAACCCCUGUCGCUGGAGUCGAGGAUGAUGGGGUGAGGGGUUGUGAGUAGAGACGGUGGGGUUGGUGAUGAUUGUGUCUGUGUGCCGGGGAAGGACAACAAACUAAACACACAAAGAAGCAUUUCUGAAAAAAUUGAUUGAUGAUGAUGAUGGAAUGAUGCCGAGUUGAGUGUCGAGUGACGGGGUGUGGUGAGUUAGCGAUGCUGGUGAGCUGUGAGCUGUGUCUGCGGUGAGCCAUGCUGGUGAGCUGUCAGCUGUGUCUGCGGUGAGCGAUGGUGGUGAGCUGUCAGCUGUGUCUGUGGUAAGCCAUGCUGGUGAGCUGUGUCUGCGGUGAGCCAUGAUGCUGGCCACGCCACGAUGACGCCAAGACAACUCGGCGCCGCGAACUCCGCCUCCUCCGAUGUUUGCACGGCAGUGGAUGCGACGUGGGCUCGGGUCCGGGACCGCGAUGAUGAUGAUGUGAUGAUAUUAUUAACAUCAUGUUACCACAAUAACGAUGGUGGUGACGAUGGUGGUGGUGCUGCUGAUGUCUAAACUGCGAUCUGUUUCGGCACGAGAUCGAGCGGACUGCUCAUGGCCUCUUGCUGCUGUGUUCCAAUUUUCCACGCGUCACGCGAAUAACACGCACACGUACAGACACACGUGCAGACACACAGGUACAUACACACAGGUACAGACACACACGUGCAGACACACACGUACAGACACACGUACAG